AUGUCCCUCCCUUGGAAACGCCUAAUCCGCUUCAUCGCCACGGACGGCCGCACCCUCCGCGGCGAGCCUAUCCUCCCCACUCCCGAGACGGAUCUAGGCUUCAUUACCGAGGCCGAUAAGUUGCAGGCACGGGUUAUCGAAGGCGCUGAUAUCUAUGAUACCACCGGUGUCACGCGCGUGACCGAUGAAAUCGUCACCGUGAAGACCAUGCUAGGCCCAUUGGCACAGGCAGAUGUACCUAUACUUCGCUGCGUGGGGUUGAACUAUGCGAAGCACAUCAAAGAAGCAGGCCGCACCCCACCCCCCUUCCCCUUCAUAUUCUUCAAGCCCACCACGACAAUCCACGACCACGGCCACCCCGUCGAAAUCCCAGCCAUAGCCCAAGACUCCCAAGCCGACUACGAAGGCGAACUCUGCCUCGUGCUAGGCCGAGAUGCCAAAAAUGUCUCCCAAUCUGACGCCCUCUCCUACAUCGCCGCCUACACCGUCGGCAACGACAUUUCCAGCCGAAAGCUGCAGCGUGAUCCCGCGCUCGCUGGACGGGUUCCUCAAUGGGGAUUUUCCAAGGGCUUUGAUACGUACGCGCCGUUGGGACCGUGUUUGGUUGCUGGCAGUGAGAUUGCGGAUCCGAAGGCGUUGAUGUUGAAGACUGUUGUUGAUGGGGAGGUUAGGCAGGAGGAGGGGGUUAGUGAUUUGUUGUUUGACUGUGCUUAUUUGGUUAGUUAUUUGUCGCAGGGGACGACGUUGCAGAAGGGGAGUGUUAUUAUGACGGGGACGCCUGGUGGUGUCGGCGCUGGCUUGAACCCGCCCAAGUAUCUUGUCCCAGGCACGCAGAUGGAUGUGUCGAUUUCGGGUAUUGGCACCCUGCGGAACAAUGUUGUCUUUGCAGAGUAA